AUGGCCGACAAGAACUUAAGCGGUAUGAGUUCUGAUACCGUUGAGAUCACAUGCAAAGAAGCGAACGGUCAAGAUCUGACGGAUGUCAGUACCGGUUCCAUGGACCGCUACGUUGCCAGUCUCUACCUGCAACUCACACCGGACCCUGAUGCGUUGCUUCAUGAAGCUAGCCGUGUGUUGACAGCCGACAGAAUUGCAGGGCUUACCAUUUGGGGAUCCCCCGACCGCAGCGGUAACUUUGUCAUUCGCACAGCUGCAAACAAAGAACUCGGUUUCGCUGAAAAUGCGACGGAGCAUUUGAAUUUUGUUAUGGGCAAGAAUCUCCCAGCAUUGCGCCAACGUUGGAUUCAGACACAAGACAAAAAGCUGCAGGCCAAGCGUUUCGCAAUUAUCAAACGCAUGGCUGAUGAGUGGCUUGCAAAGGGAGUUCCAAUCGGUUUGGAGACCUACAUCAUCCUUGUCGGAAAGCAGCAAAGCCUGGGAGAUGCUGCAGGUCCAUUUAUCUGGAUGGCCUAA